AUGCCUAAGAAUAAAAAAUCUAAAAAAGUAUUGCAAAAUGCGGGUAUUAGUAAUAGAGAUAAAGUUCGCAGUGAAAUACCUCAUUUACAUCAGGCUGCUAAAAAUAAUCAGGUAGAUAUGAUGAGGGCUCUAUUAGCAGCAGGUGCGGGUAUUGAUUCUCAAGAUCGACAAGGAGACACAGCUUUACAUUAUGCUGCUGGAUAUGGUCAUAAGGAGGCAGUCGAAUUUCUCUUAGCAGCAGGUGCAAAUGUUAAUGCUAAAAAUAUAUAUGGUGAAACUCCUUUAUAUUGUGCUUCUAAACAUUAUUAUGUGGAGGUAGCAAAGAUUCUAUUAGGCAAAGGUGCAGAUGCUAAGAUUGUAAGUAUAUACGGAUACACUCCCUUACAUUGGUGGUCUCUUAGAGGCAAUAUUGAUAUGGUAAGGGUUAUAUUAGCAGCAGGUGCAAGUGCGAAUGUUAAUGUUAUAAAUAAAUAUAAAGAAACUGCUUUACAUUGGGCUUCUAAGCAUGGUCAUAGAGGUGUAGUAAUGAUUCUGUUAGCAGCAGGAGCAGGUGCAAGUUCUUUGUUAAAGGAUGAUCGUAAAAAAACUCCUAUAAACUUAGCUAGUAGUAUUGAGAUAGAACGGAUUUUUCAGCAGGCAGAAAGUGCAUUGCAACAGAUGCAAAGUGUGAAAAUAGGUGAGAGUGGGAUAUCACCUCGUGACAUUGUGCUAGCAAGUGAGGCCAAUUUAAUACACUACGCAUAUAAUGCUGAAGUGUACCAAUGGUUGCAAAGUCAAUUUGGUUGUUAUGCCCCAUUGCAGAAAGAUUUGCAGCAAGGUCAAUUUGGUUUUUACAAUGGGUUGAUAUAUGCUCAGUAUCAAACUAUAAGAAGAAUGAAUCUAGAGCGGGAUGCUAGUGACGCAGUACGUCUUCUGGUACUUGCGGGGUGGAGAUUAGUGGAUAAAAAUUCCAAAGAAAUAGCAAUUGCUGAUUGUAGCAAUAUUGAGUUAGAAAGAUUAAUUGCUACAAAUAUUGAUGCUAUAUAUAAAGGUGGAAAAACUUCCUUAUAUUGGGCUGCUGAAAAAGGUUAUAUGGAGGUGAGAAGGUGUCUGUUAGCAAACAAUGCAGAAGUUUCUCAACCUAAUACUCAACUAGAUGUAACACAAAUAGCAGGAGGGUCUGGCUUAGGUAAAUAUCCAUCUUAG